UGUGUCAUCUCGAUUGCUUCUUCUCCUUCACGCUGUUCUGUACUCGUUCGCUCUUGCUUCACGCGAUUUUGCGCAUUACACUCGCUUCCAAAUUUCACAUAUCACAUUCGUUGAGGUCCCAUCUACAUAAUGUCUGGCACAGUCACUCAAGACGCGCAUCAAGCGCCUAAUCAUAUUACUACACGUCAACCAGCUCCCACAGCCGACACGGCAUUAGGACAUUCCACUGCGAGCACCGCGACUCCCACUACGCCUCUAGCGACAACAUCGACUUCUCUCCAAGCUCCUACCAGCUCCCCGCAAGAAAGCCUCAACGCAAAACUGAACGCCAGCGAUCGCUACUGGAAGUUCAAAGCCACACUCCGCACCGUUCUCCUCUUGACAAACAUCAUCGGAACAGGCUGUAUCGCAUGGGCUGUCGCAACAUCGACUGAAAUUACAAUGUACGACGAAAGUUGGGUUCUCUGGAGCGGCCUUAUCCCCUUCUCCAUAUCGAUCGUCUGGUGCGGCAUAUGUCUGCUUGUGUUCCUUGUCCGCAAGCGACCUGUGCAUCCCGGAGCGCGCGUUGCCCUGGAUCUGCUACUAUGGCUGGGCUUCCUGGGGACGGCGUUGCUAACCAUGGUCUCCGUCGUGACGCUGAUGCAAUGGGGCGAGUCUGGCGAACUAUCCACAUACGAUUACUCGUACGGGUAUUCUUCCGGUAACGGGGGCUACGAACUUGCAGACAAUGGGACAUGGGUUUGGGACUCGGGCUCGACAUCGGAGUCGUCUUCUACAACUUUACGCCCUUGUGACGGAGAAAGCUCGAACACACUCGCAUAUGGCCGGACGUCCUGCGAUGAGGAAGAGGCGUUUAUCAAUAGGCUUUGGCGGGAGAAGCCGCAUCGCAUCAAUGUUGUGCUGGCGGGAGAUGCAUGCCAAUACCUCGGGCUUCUGCUGCAUUUUGCGUUGUUUGUUUGGGCGUGUGUGGAUACACAUCGUCAUCGUCGAGGUGGCGUAGGCAAGGAUGCAGAGAAACUUGCGGCGGAGAUUGUGAUGAAGAUGGUCAAGAACGGAGCCGUCAUACCACCUCCUGGACAAAUUAAUUCCAGGCCGGCGAUGGGUCAGCCAGUGUUCUAUCCACAACAGGGCAUGCAACCUAUUCACCCUCAACAGGCGUAUUCUCCGCAACUGUACUCUCCCCAUAUGUAUCCUCCACAGAUGCAUCCUCAGCAGAUGUACGCUCCUCAGAUGUACCCUCAGCAGAUGCCUCCGAACCAACAGGGGAGUGGACAACUACCUUCAUUGUCUUCCCAGACUGCAGACCCGGGAAACGAGAAGACGCAAGGCCCUCGCUAUGCGUGAGGCUGGACCAGUGGCGGAGCCUUCUCUGCUCACGGCUGUUGCCACAUAUCUGCAGAACCUACCAAGCGUAUACCCCGAUUCUUAAUACCAUUUUCACAGCCAGAUCGCAUGCACGAUGUCUGUUCCUUUGCUAUGUGCAAUUCCUUACCAUCUCAGUAUUUGGAGUGUCCAAAAACACCGUACACAAGCCU